CAGAGGAGAACGCCCCCGCGAAAAGUUCCGUUCUACAGAGCCGCACUCUGUUUCAAACCCUUUCUCCACUUGCUUUCCACAGUUCUCCGCCUCCGCCCCACCGAAGCUAGGGUUUCCGGUCGGAAUCGCCGCGAGAAUGCCGGCCAGCGCCGCCGAGGCCGCCGCGGAAGGCGAGGAGAAGGCGGCAGAGGCUGGGGGCAGGGAGCUGCUGUACUGCGGCACGGUGCGCUUCGACAUCAUGGGCCGGAAGGUGAAGGGAGGGAAUGAGGGCAGAGGCAACCUGGUGUCCCCGACGCGACUGCGCCCUCUCGUGGGCGUGGACAUCCGCUUCGUCGCCUCCGGCUGCGCGGCUUGCCACUGUGUUGCUCUGAGUGCUGACGGCCGUUGCUUCUCAUGGGGUCGAAAUGAGAAUGGGCAGCUGGGACAUGGGGACACUCUCUUGCGUAACCUGCCAACUGUUGUUUCUGAACUAUCAAAAUAUAACAUAAUUGCAGCAGGUGUUGGAAGAAAACAUACAGUGGUCGUAACUGACGAAGGGAAGUCCUUCGCAUUUGGUGACAACAAACAUGGACAACUGGGGACCGGUUCACUGAAGAGUGGAACUGUGGUGUCGCCAGUCCCCUGCCUUGUUACUAAAGCGACUAAUGCUGUUUGUGGUGCUGACUUUACUGUCUGGCUGUCAUCAGUCGAGGGCUCUUCAAUACUGACAGCAGGUCUUCCCCAGUAUGGCCAACUUGGUCAUGGAAGCGACAAUGAGUAUAAUGCCAAAGUUUCAUCGGUAAGUCUAGUAUAUGAUCCCCAGCCCCACCCCAGGGCAAUAGCUGCAUUUUCUGGGAACACUGUUGUCAAAGUUGCAUGUGGAACAAAUCAUACAGUUGCAGCUGAUUCAUGUGGCUUUGUUUACACCUGGGGUUUUGGUGGAUAUGGAAGGUUGGGCCACAAUGAACAGAAGGAUGAGUGGCAACCACGCCUUGUUGAAAUAUUUCAAAAGAGCAAUAUCCUGGGUCCCAAUGAUAUCAUCUCAGCCGGUUCUGCAAGUUCUGCCUGCACUGCUGGCGGUCGCGGGCAGCUGUAUAUGUGGGGAAAGGUGAAGAAUUCAGGCGAUGAGUGGAUGUAUCCAAAGCCAGUUAUGGAUUUAAGUGGUUGGAACAUCCGCUGCAUGGCUUCUGGUAACAUGCACCACACUGUUGGUGCAGAUGAUUCUUGCAUAAGUUGGGGCCAUUCUGAAUAUGGAGAGCUUGGUUAUGGUCCAACACAAAAGUCAUCUGUAAAUCCUAAAAAGGUUGACAUUCUUGAAGGAAUGCAUGUUACAAGUGUUGGUUGUGGAGUUGGGAUGUCUCUGAUCGUUGUUGACAGGGCAAAUGUUGGUGGUAAGCUUGACCAGCUGGAUACUUUUGAUGGUGAUGCUGAUGCUGUCUUUCAAGAGAACACGAAAAAGCUCUACUUUCCUCCGCGCCGCAAUGGGAAAGGAAAACCAAAUACAAAUACGAGCCAACAUCCUGCAGUCGAUGAAACAGAAGAAGAGACGUCCGAGGCGGAGCAGGUCACCAAGGCGGCAUCUCGCACCACGAAUUCACGGUCCAACAAGCGCAAGAAAGCCUUGGGACAUGCAGAAGCAGAGGACGAGGACGAGACUGGUGAAGUGCCCGAGGAGGCAGAGUGUGGCAGCCAUGGCCGCGGGCAGUCUACAAGAAGGGGCAGAGGCAGAGGCAGGGGAGCCAAGACGGCGACUCCGGAGCCAAUGCCGUCCGGUAGGGGCAGAGGCAGGCCCAAGAAGGGGAGCCCUGGCGCUGCUCCUCCGGAAGCGGAAAGCUCGGGACGAGGUGGAAAGAAGAGCGGGAAGCGAGGGAGGCCUCGCAAGUGAUCCGCCGGAUGAACCUCGGGCUCGCCAACGUUUUUUGGGUUAGGCUAGAUGGCAACGAGAGUGGUUGCUAGUCGUUGGUGAUGCCAUGCCGAGGUAGUACGUACGUGCCGUGGGGCCUGGCUAUCCCAGUAUCCUGUAAUAUGGUUUUGAACUACUACUGAUCUGAUGGGGAUGCGAAGGGCUAGCUAUGGACACUGUAAGGCACCGGCGAUGAUGCUAUGAGCGACUGAUGGUCUAUGAAGGAAUGAACGAGUCAUCCUGCAUGAGUUUUUCUGGAAGAAUGUAUGCAGAGCAAAGUGAUAAGAACGCUCAGUUUUAUCAAAAGACAAACACGUUCAGGAAGAA